AUGGACAACUCCCACGUCGCUCUCGUUUCCAUGAUGCUCAAGGCAGAGAUGUUCUCUCCCUACCGAUGCGACCGCAACAUUGCCCUCGGCAUCAACCUGAACUCGUUGACCAAAGUCCUCCGCGCGGCGCAGAACGAAGACAUCCUCACCCUCAAGGCCGAAGACGCCCCGGACGUGGUGAAUCUGGUGUUUGAGAGCAGCGAGACGGACCGACUCAGCGAAUAUGACAUCAAACUGAUGGACAUUGACCAAGAGCACUUGGGAAUCCCGGAUACCGAAUACGCGGCCACCAUUGAGAUGCCCAGUGCCGAGUUCCAGCGCAUUUGCCGCGACUUGAUGGCCAUGUCCGAGUCAGUGUCCAUCGAGGCAAGCAAGGAUGGCGUCCGGUUCGCGUGUCAGGGCGACAUUGGAAGCGGUAGCGUCACGCUCCGCCAGCACAAGAAUAUCGACAAGCCGGACCAGGACGUCACCAUCAAUCUCUCCGAACCUGUGUCGUUGACCUUCUCGCUCAAAUACCUCGUCAACUUCUGCAAAGCUAGCGGUCUGUCGUCACGAGUCAAGUUGUGUCUGUCCCAGGAGGUGCCGCUGUUGGUGGAGUACGGUCUGUCGGGUAGCUCGUAUCUACGGUUCUACUUGGCUCCCAAGAUUGGCGAUGAUGAAUAA